ACGUCACAGGCUUCCAAGAUGGCGCGGAGCGGGCGGCUGUGAGCGGCGCUCUGGGCGCGCUGGGCGGGGAGCCGAGCGGGGCCGGCGGCGGGCGGAUAGGGCGUGUGCGUGCGGCGCAGGCCGGGCGCCGAAGAGUAGGGGCCGCUGGCAGGCACAUGAGGUAACUAGGCUUUGAUGCACCCUGGAGAAGUCUGCGUACUCAAGGAGGCCAUCCCCCGCCGGCUGCUGCUCACAUGGUUUCUGGGCCCCUGGCACUCCGGUGGUGCCCGUGGGCAGGGCGCAGGGACAUGGGGCCAGACAUGGAGCUGCCCAGCCAUUCAAAACAGCUCCUGCUGCAGCUGAACCAGCAGAGGACCAAGGGUUUCCUGUGUGAUGUCAUCAUCAUGGUGGAGAACUCUAUCUUCCGGGCCCACAAGAAUGUCCUGGCUGCUAGCAGCAUCUACUUCAAGUCCUUGGUCCUGCACGAUAACCUCAUCAACCUAGACACAGACAUGGUCAGUUCCACUGUGUUCCAGCAAAUACUGGACUUCAUCUACACCGGAAAGCUGUUGCCCAGUGACCAGCCAUCUGAGCCCAACUUCAGCACUCUCCUCACAGCUGCCAGCUACCUCCAACUGCCUGAGUUGGCAGCCCUCUGCCGCCGCAAACUAAAACGAGCUGGCAAGCCCUUUGGCCCUGGACGAGUGGGUACUGCUGGCAUGGGGCGACCAACCCGUAGUCAGCGGCUGUCCACAGCCUCUGUCAUCCAGGCUCGGUAUCCAGAGCUUGUAGAUGGGCGCAAAGGACACCCUGUUCCCCAAGAGCUCCCUCAGGGCAAAGGGUCAGAUGAUGAGCCUUUUCUGGGCAGCCCCACCCAAGAGAGUACCCAUGGCCUGGGCCUGGGGGCCUGUAGCAACAGCACCAAUGGGAGCAGUGGGGGCUGUGAGCAGGAGCUGGGUCUGGACCUGUCCAAGAAGAGUCCUCCCCUACCUCCUACUACUAUCCCUGUCCCCCACCUCACUCCUGAGGACCCGGUCCAGCUGAGUGACAGCCAGCACGAUUCCCCAGCACCCACUUCAACCUCUGCCCUGCCUGUUGGCAACAGUGCCUCAUAUGUUGAGCUGGGGGCCACUCCUGAUGAGCCCAUGGAUCUGGAAGGGGCUGAGGAAAACCACAUGAGUCUGCUGGAAGGGCAGGGUGGGCAGCCUCGCAAGAGCCUCCGGCAUUCAGCCCGUAAAAAAGAUUGGAACAAAAAGGAGCCUGUGGCCGGGUCCCCCUUUGAUCGGAGAGAAUCAGGGGCUAAGGGUCCCAGCCCAGGGGAAGAAGGCGAGGGGCUUGGGGACAGGGUUCCCAAUGGCAUUCUCACCAGCAGUGUUGGUGGAAGUGGCCCUGCUGGGUCAUUUGGGGAGCCGGCAUACCCCUGCAAAGAGGAGGAAGAGAAUGGCAAAGACGGGAGUGAGGACAGUGGGCAAAGCGGGAGCGAGGGGGGCAGUGGUCACACUGGUGCCCAGUAUGUGUACCGGCAAGAAGGCUAUGAGACGGUGUCAUAUGGGGACAACCUCUAUGUGUGCAUCCCUUGCGCCAAGGGCUUCCCCAGCUCUGAGCAGCUCAAUGCUCAUGUGGAGACGCACACAGAGGAGGAGUUAUUCAUCAAGGAAGAGGGGGCUUAUGAGACUGGCAGUGGGGGUGCAGAGGAGGAGGCUGAGGACCUGUCAACACCUAGUGCUGCCUAUGCAGCUGAGCCUCGUCCUUUUAAGUGCUCAGUCUGUGAGAAGACCUACAAGGACCCAGCCACACUGCGGCAACAUGAGAAGACACACUGGUUGACCCGGCCCUUCCCCUGCAAUAUUUGUGGCAAGAUGUUCACACAGCGAGGCACUAUGACACGCCACAUGCGAAGCCACCUGGGCCUGAAGCCCUUUGCCUGUGAUGAGUGUGGCAUGCGCUUCACCCGCCAGUACCGCCUCACAGAGCACAUGCGUGUACACUCAGGUGAGAAGCCCUAUGAGUGCCAGCUCUGUGGGAGCAAGUUCACCCAGCAACGCAACCUCAUCAGCCACCUGCGCAUGCAUACCUCCCCUUCUUAGAAGCCAAAGACCCGAGGGAGCCCUCUGCAGACUUGCCACUUGGGAACCCACGGAAGAAGGAGUGAGGAAGCAUGGUGGGAGGGGUUGAGCCCCAAAGUCUGGCACGAGGCUCCUGGCAGCUCCUCUGGCCCAGCCUCCCCACAUCUAGAGCUUUAAUCAACAGUGUACCAAGGGAAGCCAAGAGGAGAAAAGCUGCCUAGGCCAGCCCUGUGUGUGUGGUACUGGUGACUAUUCUACCUCCCCAUCCCACUUGGCUCCUGAGCUUCCUGAAGGGGCUGCUGAAGAGCUGGUGGAAGCCCAUCAUGUAUGUGUCAGUGGGACCUGGUCCCUUACCUGCAGUCAGGGCUGGGGGAGGCCAAGGCUUCCCAUGGCCAAGAGUGGUGCCUGGAGCAGGCCCUCAGCUGGCAGGGACCUCAGCUGUGUGUGUGCAUGUGUGCUUGUGUCUUUGCAGUGCAGUGUGACUCUGGUGUUGGGAAGCUGGUGCUGGGUGGCAGUUCCUUUCUCUUUGUGCUGGGGGUGGCAACUGCUAGCUGGCACUGGGACAGUCAGGGUGACCCCACUGCCUACCUCUCUACAACUAAAGAGCCCUCUGGGCCUGUAUUGCUGUUAUUCCUACUGAGAUGUUCCUAUUUCCUUUUUACAGUUUUUAAAAAUGCUUUUUUAAAACCAAAAUGAACAAUAAUUUCCUCCUGCCUCUUUGGGAAUGAGCCUGGGUCUGCAGACUGAAUGUAACUGGGGCAGCUGCCCCUCCCUGUCAUUUUCCCUGGUCCUGGUGCUGUGGGCAUGGUUGAACCUGCCUCUCCAAGGCUCUAGAAAUCUUUCUUGCCCAAAGGUAUCCCUGACCCUGAGCCCUGCAUGUCUGGGCUUCCUCAGGAGAACAUGGCUUUCCCAUAAUGUCCAAGGAGUGUCACUCGUUUUUGUUGAGAACCCCCCACUCUCAUACAUUUUUUGAGAUGUUGGAAUUAGAAGGUCUAAAGUUUCAGAGGGUGGAGGGGAGGUUAGACUUGGUGCCAGGCCCAUCAGUACUCUUGUUUGUGUGCGUGUGUGUGUGUGCAUGUGUUAUGUAUGUUGCUUAUGCACAGACGCUUUGCUUCCUUGCUCACUGAACAAGGUGGAGAGCCUUCUGACCUUUUGCUACCUCUUGAAUUCAAUACCACAGUACAGUUGAGGCUGAGCCAUUUGGUUUUGUUUUCCUAUAGUGGGAGUAAGCUGGGCUUGGGCUGGCCCCGAGCCCCUUAUGGGCCCCAGUGUUCUCUGAUAGUUACUGCUCAGGGAAUGCUGUAUGUGGGGCAGGUGCUGGGCACCUGAGUAACAGAAGCCAUGAGGAGGGGGCAGCUCCCUGCAUGGGCCAGGGUGAGGUGGAAGUGAGCCCACCCCAUCCUGUCUCCUCCUGAGCUCUGAGGUGUGUCUUAAGAACUUACUACAGAGUUAAAUAGAGGUAAAAAUCGGCCUCCGCCUACAGACUUAGCAAAUAUGGGGUCAAACUAACCCUUAUAUGGGUGUGCCAGCCAGUCUUAGAUGCUUGCGUGGGCUCCAGCAAGGGGCAGAGCCAGACAGACCAAGAUUGUCUGUGUUCUGCCCCAGGUGAGCCACAGAUUGGGGCCAGUAGGCCUUAUCAUCGUGUUGCUUGAUGGCUUUUCAUUUUCCUUUUGGUUUUUUUUUUUUUUUUUUUAAACUACAGACCAAAAAAUUCCAGAGUCAUCCCAUGUUCCCACCCCUCCAAAGACCCUCCAGCCUGAGUGCAGGGACCCAGUGAGUGGCAGGUGUGGGCAUGAGGACACUUGGCUUCCUCAUUGUACUGAGCCAGAUCUUCUUAACCCUUUGCCUGGUAUCUGUUUUCUGCUCUUGCAAGUCAGACUGAACAGCUCAGUGAAGACCUGGGCCCAUUCCCUCUCCACCCUUCCCCACUCCACCCUAUCCCAUCCCACCCACCCCACCAGCACUUAAGCCACAGGACACCGAGUCUCUCCAUCAUGGGAAUCCCAUGUGGCCUCUCAGGCUGUGGGCUGCCUCAUCUGUUGUGCGGAAAUUCAGGGACUGGGAGCAGAGCCCCUCAGCAUGUCUGUGCGACAGAGUAUUGUACCCACCUUAGUAUUGUACCAAGCCUUUUCUGUAUUUUAAUGAGAAAGCAAAACACUAGUUUCCUAUUUAAGAUUUUAAGGGUUGUUGGACUGGGUGGGGUUGACACUUGGCUUGUUUUCAUUUUCCUUUGUUUCCAUGGGUGCAUGCAUGCUUAUGAGUGUCUGUGUGUAUUUGUGUGUGCAGAGAUGUUAAGAGCCUCAAGGAAAUCAGGCCAUAGAAGGCCAAGGCGGCUUACAGUUCUCUUUUAGUCAUUUAAUUACUGAAUGUUUUGGAGAAAACAGGAAACAGGAAAUAGCAGAUGCCAUGUAGGAAAAAAGAUUUAAAAAAAAAAAAAAAAUCAAAAGAAAAAAAGCUCAUACCCAAAUUCACAAACCUAUUUUUUAAACCAAAGCACAUUUUGAAUGAGUAUGGAACCUCAGUGGGCUCAGAAAAAAAAAGAUACUAAUAUAUUUAUCUCAUUGUUUACAUAAACUUUUACAGUUUCAGACCUCAGCAGCUAUAAGGCCAGUCCCAGGGAACUCUCCCUCCCUCCCUCCUGGGUCCUUAUGAGUUGACCCUUGAGCAGCUCAAGGGCAGAGGCAGCCCUGGGUGCUGGGUAAGGACUAGAAGCCCCUCCCCCCUAGCUUCACCUGAGCCCUAAACCCCAUUUUUGGGGCCUCUUCAAGCUCAGCUGCCACCAAAGAGCAUGCACCAAGCUGACCAGCCCCCCCAGGCCUCCUGGCUAGAUGCAAGGGGUAAAUGUCAGCCCUGCCCGCGGGCCUUGUGUUACUGUGAGGGUCACUGAAGCCAAAAAGCAGGGAGCUUUAUGAAGCUCAGCAGACUCUAUCAUCGCACAUCCCACCCCGGGCAGCAGAAGGGUCUGACUUGAGUCUGGUCCUCACCAACAGAUGGUGCGAACACUCUCAACAGUGUUGUUUUUGUAUCAAUGUUUGUGCAGUGAUGAAUGUAUUUAUUUCUCAGACUUAGGGCAAGCUGGUGGAAGCAGGCCCGGCUCUGCCAGUACCCACUCCCACUGGACCGAGCUACUGCAAGGGCUCUUCCAAGAUUGCAAAAAAAAGGAAAAGAUGAACUUGUGAACAUGUAAGACUCUCAGACUUGCAGCAUAGCCAUACAAUUCAGCCUGUGACUCCUGUGUUUCCGUCCAUUAACGCUGAGGGGAGCCAGGUCCCCACCUGCUGCCCACACUGUCAGUAUUCACUGGACCUCAGGUCCUUGUGCAGGAGUGCGAUCUGCCGAGCUGUCAGCAGGCACACUGCUGCCUUCCUGGGUUGGGGGAAUCCUGGGCAGCCAGGAGGGCAGACCUCAGGGAGCAAGUGCUAGGAACAGAGGCAGAAGCCAAGGGGCCGGGCCUGAAAAGAAAGGACAGGCUCUCAAGCCUUGCUGUGCCCCACUAAAGGGACCAAGGUCUUCCUUUCCCCAGUCACUAUGGGGCCAAUGUUACUGAACCUAUGAAAUGGAUGCCAGGAAUGAGGGAUAGAGAGGGACCCGACCUCAGUCUGACAUUCCAACCCAGGAAGGGUGGAAGCUGUGGAAACUUGCUGCCCAGGGCCCCCUUCCUAGGAUGCCUGCAGCUUCAGUCACCUUACUUUAACUCUCUACCAGGGACCCCUCCCCUACCUCACCUUGCUAUUUAUUGCUGUAAUUUAUUGACCUCAAAAAUGCUGCAUAACAGACCUCACUUGGGUCAGGGAGAGUUCCCAGGGUCCUCCCCUCCACUUGGUGGGGCCCCGUGGGGCCAGGUGCUUAAAGGGACCUCCCUGUACCUAACCCAUCACUCAUUUCCUCCAGGAGCCCCAGGUUGGGCUCCAUCCAUCCCAUUUGCAAAUACCUCAGGAGGGAUGGGGUAUAUCUGUUUCAUUUGAUUGGAACUGGAAGAGGGAUCACAUCCUCUGUGCCCUUCCCGGAGCAGGGGAGGGGUGCUGGGAUCGCACUCCUGUACUGUACUGGUCACCACUGUUGCCACUCAUCACAUUGACUUUACUUCCCUAGAGUCUGGGUGGAUGCGUUCAGGUCAGAGCUGCAGCUGUGCAGCUCUCCAAUGUCAAGAGUGAUUUAUCCAUGACUGAUCUCUCCAUUCAAAAGCGUGCAGUCUUAAUGUACAGUGAUGAGAAACUGUUAUUUUAUGAUCUUUUCAUUAAAAGCUUGAUUGAAAA